UCCAAUAAGUCACCUGCCAGCAGGAAGUUUUUUCCCCCCCGUUUAUUCAUUAUUACCGUAUUGUUAUUUUGAACAUUUUUCACUCUACACUGGCCAACCUUGAAGAGGAAUCGAAGUGGUGUCAGGCGGCUGCUUUUCAGGUGACCGCAGCGAGUCGAGGGUUGCUGAGAUGAUGAUGAUGGACCAUCUCAGCGAGACGUGUCUGGGCAAGGAGAACGCCGAGCUGGUCAACAGCAUUGCCGAGGGGAAGCCCCCGCCGGCCAAGCUGCCCCGCAUGGAGCAGAACGGCAGCCCCCUGGGGCGGGCCAGGCUCGGCAGCACCGGCGCCAAGCUGGCGGGGCUGCCCUACAAGCCUGCCAAUCACCUGCUGAAGACCUGCCACAAGCGAGGCAACAUGCUGCCCGUCUUCUGCGUGGUGGAGCACUACGAGAAUCCCAUGGAUUUCGACAGCAAGGAGGAGCAUGCUGAGUUCGUGCUGGUGCGCAAGGACAUGCUCUUCAAUCAGCUCAUCGAGAUGGCGCUCCUCUCGCUAGGCUAUUCGCACAGCUCGGCCGCCCAGGCCAAAGGUAUGAUUCAGGUGGGAAAGUGGAACCCCAUCCCUCUGUCAUACGUGACAGAUGCGCCCGACGCCACAGUGGCUGACAUGCUGCAGGAUGUCUACCACGUGGUCACGCUCAAGAUCCAGCUGCACAGUUGUCCUAAGCUGGAGGACCUGCCACCUGAGCAAUGGAGCCACUCUACAGUAAGAAACGCCCUCAAGGAGUUACUCAAAGACAUGAAUCAGAGCUCUCUGGCUAAAGAAUGCCCCUUAUCACAGAGUAUGAUUUCCUCCAUUGUCAACAGCACUUACUAUGCAAAUGUGUCGGCGGCAAAGUGUCAAGAAUUUGGGCGCUGGUAUAAACAUUUCAAGAAGACAAAGGAUAUGAUGGGCAUCCGCCAACCUUCCCAGCUGGAAGGCUACUUGGGCACAUGCGUCCUUCGAGAGAGCCCCCGUGCUAAUGCACUAGCCGAGAUGGACGGCCUGUCCGACCUGUCCCCGCCCGGCUCCAACCACAACCACAACCACAACCACCUGGGCUUCUCCCAGCAACAGCAGCCCAUCCCGGGUAGCACAGCGGAGCAGACGCCGUCGUCCCCGGUGCCCCCGCUGUCCCACGCCCCGCCGCCGCCCCCGCAGCACGGAGGGGCCCAAGCGGGCGCGCGGCAACCGCAGUUACCCCCCGGCCUGCACCACCCGGGCCUGGUGUCCACGCCCAUCAGCCCACAGCUGGUCAACCAACAGCUGGUGAUGGCGCAGAUCCUCAAUCAGCAGUACGCGGUCAACCGGCUGUUGGCGCAGCAGUCGCUGUCUCAACAGUACCUCAACCACCCGCCCGUCAACCGCAGCUCGCACGCCAAGCCCCUGGAGCCCCAAGUGGGAUCCAACACGGAGGUGUCCUCCGAGAUCUACCAAUGGGUCCGGGAUGAGCUCAAGCGGGCCGGCAUCUCGCAGGCCGUCUUCGCCCGAGUGGCCUUCAACAGAACCCAGGGCUUGUUGUCUGAAAUCCUGCGCAAAGAAGAGGACCCGAAGACGGCCUCGCAGUCCCUGCUUGUCAACCUGCGUGCUAUGCAGAACUUCCUUCAGUUGCCUGAGGCCGAGCGCGACCGCAUCUACCAGGAGGAGAGGGAACGCAGCCUUACCGCCGCCUCCGCUAUGGGGGCUGCCCCGCUCAUCAGCACGCCACCCAGCCGGCCUGUUCAGCCGCGGAGGGAAGACUGCAACAGUGUGCGGCCCGAAGAUUGGAACCCUCGGAUUCCUGUGGGCCUUUCUCCUGCUGAGCAUUUCGAAAUGUUCUCUACGUGGGAGCAGGUGAAGCCCUCGCCCCUGCCGAGCGAGUGGAACGGCAAAACGGAGAGCUGCAUCCUCAACAUCAACUCCAACAUCUACGAUGAGAUCCAGCAGGAGAUGAAGAGGGCCAAAGUGUCCCAGGCGCUCUUCGCCAAAGUUGCUGCCUCCAAAAGCCAGGGUUGGCUGUGCGAGCUCCUCCGCUGGAAGGAAGACCCGUCUCCGGAGAACCGGACGCUGUGGGAGAAUCUGUCGAUGAUCCGUCGCUUCCUCAGCCUGUCGCAGGCCGAGCGCGACGCCAUCUACGAGCAGGAGAGCAGCAGCGGGCAGCAGCACCACGGCAACGCCGCCGACAGGCCGUCACACUUCUCGCACGUCUCCGCCGAGCAGCUGCAGCCUCAGCAGCACCAGUCGGCCCUGACGCUGCAUCACCCGUCCCAGCCCCUCCCGUCCCAGCAGCCCCCCUCGGGCCCCCGCCUGCCGCCCCGCCAGCCCUCCACCGCCUCCCCGGCCGAGACGGAGGACGACGUCGUGCGCAGCCUGGUCAAGUCGCGCACGGGGGGAGGCAAGAUCUCCCUGGAGGCCCUGGGCAUCCUGCAGAGCUUCAUCCAGGACGUGGGGCCGUACCCGGACGAGGAGGCCGUCCACACGCUGUCCGCCCAGCUGGACCUCCCCAAGCUCACCAUCAUCAAGUUCUUCCAGAACCAGCGCUUCUACGUCAACCACCCCGCCAAAGCGCCCAAGGAGACGCCGCCCCCCGCCCGCAGCGCCAGGAGCAGCGGCAGCAGCUGCGGCAGCGGCGGCAGCCCCGCCGCCUUCGACGAGGAACCCUCGGAGCCCGGGGAGGGCGGCGACGCCCUCAAGGAGACGGACCAGAGCACGCAGACCAACGGCAGCGCCUUCGCCGUCAAGACGGAGGAGCAGGUGGGGCGAAGCGGCGGGGGCCCCGCGUCCCUCACGGAGCAGGCCGAUGACUAAAAGGAACAAAAAAAAAAUAUGAUACUGGCCUGGACUCUCCAGUUUUGCAUUUUGUAAAAGUCUUGUAUUAUGAUGAUGAUGAUUCACUGUAAAGACUCUUCCUGCAUCGAUUCAUAACCUGCACAAAGAAUCAAAACAAGUGGAAAUCGUUAGCCUAACAGCAUAAUCGCCAGUCAUAUUAAAAAAAAAAUAAAUAAAUAAUAAAUUCAAUCCCUCUUUUUUUUUUUUUUUUUUUCGUCCUGCCCUCGAUUUUACAAUUCAACCUUUGUGGAUUCCCGUGACCUGAAUGACUGACAAUCUUCAUAGACAAAGGAAAAUAAUACGCAUUUUUUUUGAGCAAGCACGUCGUUAAUUUUUUUGUGGCUUCAAAAUGACAACAGCAAUGAUGCUAUCAGGCUAACAAUUUGCUUUAAGGACAUGUUCACACGUACUGCAGUUGUUUCAAAAAACUCUUUCACACCAUUAAAAAUAUCGUCAAUAUAUAACAGGAUUUUUUUUUUUAAUCUGUCCACAUAGAGCCAUAAUUCUAGUGAUUUUUUUUUCCUCUCAAAAAUGCAAAAUUAGUUCUUCAAUUCAAAAGAAUAUUAUUCAAUAUUGAGAAAUCGAUUUACAAAAAAUAUACAACUAAUUUGUACAUGUCGAGCUUUUUUAGGAAAAUUGGACUCAUAAAAUAAUUUUUUUUCUCAAAAAAAAAUACUAUUCUCGUGAGGUUUGAACAUCGUCGAAAAAUAAAGUUUUCAUACAGGUUAUAGAUAAAAUAUUCUCAUAACAAAAUUGUGUUUUUUCUAAAAAUCCCUUUCUCUCUCCAAAGGAUUCCUUUGCGGAAAAAAAAAAAAAAUUUAUUCUUGUAGGAUGAUAACAUUUCCAAGAAAAGAAAAUACUAUUUACCCCCCAAAAAUACAAAGUUUUUUUUCUUCUGUAAAAACAUAUUUUGUGGAAGACGUCACUACUUUCAAGAUUCCCAUUCCCAAGAUGUGACUUUAUUUUUGUAAGAUUUUGAAUUUUACUGUAAGAAAACAAAAUGUCACAACAUUAUGACUUGUUGCCGAUUUUCUCAUUCCAAGGACAUUUUCUUGAAUAUGGCUAUUGUAAAAGUAACAUUUUCCCCUCAAAAAGAUGAAGUUAUUCUAAAUAACUUUUUUAGAGGAGGGUUUCAAAAGAUUUCCAAUAUUUUUUUUCCACACAAUACAUUUUUUUCUGAAAACUAUGCUGUUGUGGUAAAACUACAUUUUAAGUUCUUGAAUACUAUAACUAUAUUUAAAUUAUUUUUUUCUCCCACAAGAUUGUUUUUCUUUUGGCUCUGGAAAAAAAAAAAUCUUUUAAGAUUGUGAUUUUAAUCACUUAAAAGAUGGGCCAAAAAUCCAAAUACUUUUCCUUGAAUUAAAUACUUUUGGGAUAUAUAUUUGAAAAAAUAACCAAUUUGUUUUAAAACACAAGAUACUUUUUUCCUCAACAUUUUGCCCUUUUUUUCUUUUUUUUUUUUAACAUGAGACACUUUUUUUAAAUCUGCAAAUUAUAGUUAUUCUGGAAUCAAUAAGAAUUUAAUUUUUUUUUCAUAAAAUUGUCUUUUGUUCCUCUAAAUCUUUUAUUCAUGCAAGAUUCAGAUUUUUUUUUUCCAAAUACCGAGGACGAAAUUAUGGAUAGUAUUCACCCUUGCCAAGUUUUUCCUUUUUCUAAUGAAUUAGAAAUCAGAAUUUUUAUUCGGACCAAAGGCAUCUAAAAAUGUUUUUAAAAAAUCCCUAUUAGAAGAUAAACGCGUACGUGUGGACACGCCCUCUCACUGAUCUUGGAGGUCCUGAUUCGGUCAGAACGUAUAAAAAUCCAUGUGGGUCUUUUAUUUUAUUUUACUUUUUUAAUUCCCGUGGAGGACCUUUGUGUGUUUUUCACGGGCGUGAUUUUUUUUUUUUUUUUUUUUUUUAAUUGUUGAAACAAAAAUCAAGGACCAAGUUGUUUGACAAGGCCUUAAAAGACCACAAGGCCACGUGCUCUUCUUCUCAAUCUUACGACGACGACGAUCAACAAGCUGCCCGUGUCCUGUCGGGGAGGGAAUCGAAUCUAUGGAAAAAUUUCUCUCUACUUUUAUGUGUAUAAAUAAAUAUCUGUGAUAUAUUCUGAUCAAACUAUGCCAACAAUGCCUUGUACCACACGGUUCCUUUUGCCACUGGAACACACAAUGAGAAAUGUGAAUGAUGCCAUCUUUCUUAUUUAUUUGCAGUGUUGACGAUACAACUUUUUUUUUUUUUUUUUACAUUUACAUAUUCCCCCCACGCCGCCUCAUUUAUUUUUUAUUUAUAAAUGGACAGACAGACAACAACAAAAAGUGUCUUAAAACGUUUUCCGUGGAGAAAUGUGCUUUAAAGGUGGCCUCUAAUCCCUGAAAGAAAAAAAAAAAAUAAUAAUAGCGCAAGAUUUCAUGUUGUAUGCAAUUUUUACAAGGAUCAUGCAAAUAAGCUUAAAUAGCGUGUAGGGAGAGAGAGAGAGAGAGAGAGAGAGAGAGAGA